UUUUUCUCUCUUCCUCUACUCUAUUCCUCUUCAGCUGUGUGUAUGCUCUAUAUCUUCAUCUCUCAGGCGUGCCCUCAGUGGAAGUGUCUGGAAUAGUCACAGUUUUGGCCUCUUCACUUGCAUUAUUUCAUUCUCGGACCUGCAAAGGCCCGGUCUGCCAUAGCUAACGAAUUGUCAUCUCCUUUGGAAUGCCUUGGGAAAACUUUCAGGGAUUGGCUGCAGCCAUAUGGAAUUAUGAUGGUGAUACAUCUUAUCAUCUUUCACUUUGCGUUGGGGAUCUUGUUGUUAUUAUUGAGAAACUGGAAGGUUGGUAUAGAGGUUAUCUCUAUCACUAUCCUUCAAAAAAGGGUAUAUUUCCAGCUAGUUAUGUCCAAUCAGUAGACUACAACAUCAUCUCAGCCAAGGAAGAGGAGUACACUGUACCAUUCAUUGACCCUGUGGCUCUUGAAGCCAAAGAGAGCCUUUUGACUUGGAAAGAGAAGCUCUUUGAGAGUUACACUAAGUCCCGUCAUGACUACGUUCGUAUACUAAAUUAUAUGGAAGAUGUUCUAACAACAAGAUCAACUUUAAUACACAGCAUACACAGCAAUGUGACACACGAUAAGUUACAAGCUAUAAGAACACGUCUCUCAGCAAAGAUUGAUUUGGUUAAUAAUUUAUGUGAACAGCCGUUGUCUCCACGUGAUGACACAGGGCACUCUAUUGAUCCAACCGUCACUAGUUUUGGGAGCCUGUACAGCACUCAUUGUCAGCGACAGAGCGAGAUCGAUCGUAAGGUCCCACACACUGGCUGGGAUCCUAAAAAAUCUAAAGACACCGGAGCUUUAAUGGAUCAUCAUUUGUAUCUUGUUGUUCGUAAUAUUGAUCAUCAGUUUCCAGAAAACUCAGAACUAUUCAUGUUCCUGUACGACAGUGUAUCCAGGAAACAAGUCAGUGAAAGAUUUCUAAUUAAUGUCCCAAAGGAUCGUCCCACUAACGUCAUGAAGAGCCAUUAUUGCAUUUUUAAGGACUUAGGUGCCAAAGAAAUGCAGUCUGGAAUCUUCCUAGUCUGUCAAGUCAUCAGGAAAGGCAAGAUGUUACUGGAUGAUAGAAAGAAUGUGUCACAUGCUACAUUUAGAAGACCUUAUGCUGUAGGAGUACUUGAUUUACGUACAGCCCUUGAGGAGACUAACAAGGAGCAGCCUGAUGAUGAUGAUGACUAUCAAAUGACCUAUACCAUGUCACUACAAAUAUGUCUGACACAUGAGCAAGACUUUCCAACCCUCCACACAUCAAUGAUCAAGAAGUUGGUCGGCUCGAAGCCAUCUAGCACCAAACAGAGCGGCAUAUUAAUAUCAAUGCAGCUGAGGUUCAUUAGAGGAGACUUCCAACAACUGAAAAAUGACUUUCCUUACUUGAUCAACAAGAACACGGUCCAAGUGGAUAAACUAGGAUUCCCUGAUGUUAUACUGCCGGGGAAGGAUCGUAACGAUAUAUAUUUUACGUUGGAGUACGGACAGUAUGAGAAAGGGAGCAAGAGAGCCGAGAGGAACGUUGAGGUAGCCAUUGCUGUCUGUGGCAGAGAUGGAAGGAUAAUACCGAGGUGCAUUACUGUUGCUGCUGGUGCUGAGAAUGUCAGUGAAUAUGAAUCUUUCAUAUACUAUCACAACAAUCUACCAAAAUGGCAGGAAACAAUUAAAUUGGAUAUUCCAUUUGAAGAAAUAUCUUCGUGUCAUCUUAGGAUUGGCUUCAGACACGUUGCAAAGAAUGAAGGUAAGGAUAAAAUGGAAAAAACGUUUGCAUUUGCUCACAUGAGAAUAAUGAUGGGUGAUGGCGCCAUCAUUCCUGAUGGGACUCACGAACUCUUUGUAUAUAAAGCUGAUAGCAAGAAGUGGCAUGAUCCUAAGUAUUACUUAGCAUUUGAGUCAGCUAAAGAGAUUUGCAUUCAAGGAGUGCUUCCAGCAAAGACAUCAGCUCGUGGUAAAACAAUAUCUACAGUAUCAGAAGGGCACUCGGCAGCAAGGAGUGAAAGAGAAACACUCUUUGUAUCUACACUGACAUGCUCAACCAAACUCACUCAAAACGUGAACAUGCUUCAGUUGUUAAAGUGGAGGUCUCAGCAUCCCAGUGACCUCCCAACCAUACUCUGCAAGCUUGUCUCAAUCAAAGGAGAAGAAAUAAUAAAGUUUCUGCAAGACAUCCUUGACAGCCUCUUUAACAUACUGGGGAGUAAUGAGCAGUACUAUGGAGAACCUGUUUUUAAUGCAUUAGUUUCCAUAUUAAAUCUACUCUCACAUGAAAAGUACAGUCAUUUUGUUCCAGUUUUAGAUAUAUACAUAACGAAACAUUUCUCAGCUGGCCACGUGUACAGAACUCUCCUUUGGUAUUUUAAAGAACAACUCAAGAAUAGAGAUAUCACUAAACAAAGCAAUUUAACAUCACUAGCUGAGGCCAUUGGAUUUCUGUUCCAUUUCAUUGUUCAGUCCUAUACCAUUAUGUCCAACAGUCAAAAAGACCAGAGGUUUUAUCAAGGACUUGAUGAUUGCUUCAUAUCAAUGUAUGAGCUAAUGAGAUUACCCGAGAGCAGAUUCUGUGGCAUACAUGCUGUACAGGCUGCUCUUUUGUGUAACAUACCCUCAAUCCUUCCUCAUUUGAUUACAGUUUACGACCGGAGGCAAAUAGCUGGUGUUCUUGCAAAACUGAUAGAUUCGUCUCAGAACGAUCACAUCAGUCUACCAGGAGAGAAAAUGAACUUCAUAAUCUCAGUGCUUGAUAGCGACAUUAAACUAUUGGACCCACAAGAAUCAAGGAGCUCUCUGUUGCCUACUAUUAUUGGUCAUUUGAUAAGUCACAUGGAGAACAAGAUGCCCGAAAACGGAUACAGGUCUGACGAUCGAGGUAACAGUGGCUGCCUUCUCUGCAUAUCUAAAGUACUUGAGCUGCUUCACUCUGGAGAUAAACUACACAUCUCGUUUAGUGAUACUGAGAUAGCCACACCUCUAUUACGUCCCCUCCUGUCACUCUGUGCUAAACUAAAGGACACUAACAACCCGCUGAGGGUUCAAGCAUACAUUAAUCUCAUUGGUCUGCUUGAUGUGAUGAGUGACAGUCAUUACUCCAUUUAUUUCGAUUCUCUGAAGGCAGUGACUGAGAAGGACAAGAGGAACAGUGCUGGGAGAGAGUCCAUGCUAAAGGAGUUCAUAACAAGUCUGCUGGAGGUCUUAGAGACUCUGUUUGCUGGCCCAGUCUGCUCUCCUAAAUGGGUGUACUUGCUACUGGAACAAAACAUUAUACUAAUGAGAGUAGUUAAGAAUAUAUCUACUACAAUGUUCUCGUCUUUCUUUGAUGAUCGAGACUUUAACCCACAGAUCUGGGAUAUAUUCUUUGGUACGUGUAAGUCCUUCUCGAUACAAAGGUGUCUGCAGUUGGAGGCUUAUUCGGACCUGUUGAGUGCUAAGCUUCUCAGACAGUUUGGUGAUGUUCGUGUUAAGAUGGCUAAGCAAAUGGCUGCUAUGUGGGAAUUCCUGCAAGAAAAGAAAUCAAACUUCAUUCCAAACUUUAUAGGAAUAUUCCUUGAAGUAUCACUGCUCAAAGAGAAAGACUUGCGUGAAGUGAUGAUACCACUCAUAUUCGACAUAUUGAAAUUCGAACAAAAGUCAAACAGAAACUUUAAAAGAAUUGAAACUGAGAUAUUUGAGAAGAUGGAUUUCCUUGUUAGUAAAGGAUAUGGAGAUGAAGCAUAUAGAGACCUCUUCCAUGACUGCAUGAUUUUACUUUGUAAAGAUACUCAUGAGCUGAAGGAGUCUGGUGAAGCAUUCGUCAAUACUGUUAGCAGAUUGAUUGGACUGAUACUGGACUAUAGGAGAGUGGAGGGGGACAGCAGUCAGAGUGGACAAAGAAUGGGCUGCAUACUGAACCUACUGAAUUUCUACAAAGAAAUAGACAGAGAGGAAAUAUACGUGAGAUACAUAUACAAGUUAGCUGGACUUCAUGAAAGUGAUGGGAAUUUCGCUGAAGCAGGUCUGACACUGCUGCUACAUGCAAAGACACUAGAGUGGUCAUUGGAAUUUGAGCCAGCUGUUGAAGGCAAGUAUCCAGUACACACAGCAAGAGAGAGAAAGGAGAUAUUGUUUUCAGAAUCAAUCAGACUAUUGGACCAGGGAAAAGCAUGGGAGUAUGGAAUACCAUUAUGUAAAGAGUUGGCUACAGUAUAUGAGACUCAGCAAUUCAAAUAUGACAAGCUAUCACAAAUACUAAGAACUCAAGCUGAUUUCUUUCACAAGAUCAUCAAUGAGCUGAGAGUUGAAAAUGAGUACUUUGUUGUUGGUUAUUUUGGUAGAGGAUUCCCUCUAUUCCUAAGAAAUAAGAUAUUCAUUCACAGAGGCCAGCCUUAUGAGAGGCUCCAGAACUUCAUAAAGAAGCUUCAAGAUGAGUUCGUGACAGCACAGGUAUACAUGAAGCCUGAGCCGCCUAGUGAUGACAUAAAGAACUCUAAUGGAAUGCAUCUGCAAGUCCGUAAGGUUCUUCCCAUUCCUGACGAGAGGGAGGAGUUCAAUGGACGACAGAUACCUGACAAGAUUGCAGAUUACUACAAGACUAAUGACGUGUGCAAGUUUCGUUUCGACCGACCGUUUCAUAAAGGAAAGAAGGACCCAGAGUGUGAAUUUGCUACUCUGUGGUUAGAAAGAACAUAUUACAAGACUGCCAGCAGUUUCCCUGGUGUCAUUAACUCUUUUGAAGUGUGUGAGAUGAAAACGGAUGAGCUAAACCCAUUAGCUAUAGCUAGAGAGACUGUAAGAUCAAAAGUCCAAGAGAUACAGAAGAUGACUACAGAGCUAUCAUCAAACUCUCAAAUGAGUAUCAAUCCAUUAAGUAUGCUACUGAAAGGUGUUAUCGACGCAGCUGUCAUGGGAGGGAUCUCAAACUAUGACAAGAUUUUCUUUCAACCGAAAUAUAUUCAAGACCAUCCAGAAGAGAAAGAGGGAGUUGAAGAACUUCGCUCUCUUAUAGUAGAGCAGGUUGAAGUACUGAAGCAGGCGUUAGGGCUUCACGGCCACAGGGUGUCUACUGACCUGAAGGCUUUUCAUCUAGACCUUGAGAUUAGAUUUGAAACCUUCCAAGACAUUGUAUUCCCCGAAAGAAGAAAGACUCCUACUAUAGCUCGUAGAGGUACCACUAUCACAAGUAGCAGACCAUUACCGCCCACUCCUCCUGAUGAAUCACCACAAUUAUCACAAACAAAGACUCCUCACCGUAGACUGACAGGUGGUAAUCCAAACAGGGUGUCACAGUUAGUCGAAAACAACACGCCAAACCCCAAAGUAAGAAGGAGCAAUACCACCAAGGGCCCUCGCUCCUCCAUCCUAAGCACAGCCUCUUUCUCCUCUCCUGCAUCCUCCCCAGAUAGACAGAGCAUCAUUGUAGAACCUCCCGCUACUAACAGUUCCUCGAGCAUAGGCUCAUCACAGAGAGACUCUGGAGUCACUAUUGAGGACACAGAGAUAGAGGAAGACCGGGGUACCUACGAGGUAGUGGAUUUCGAGACUCAGCGACACUACCAGGACAAACUCCAGCAAUAUAACUCAACUCCAAGCAACACACCGCCCUCUUACCCUUUGACAGGUAACCCUCACCCUCUGGCCCCCACUCCCUCCGGUAGCUCGGCCCCACCCCCUAAUUACCCCGCCCCUAAACCAGAGGUGACUUCACAUGGAUAUGCACUCAUAGAUCCAUUGGAUGAUGAUGAUGAGUAUGAUUAUGAGAAGGUAAAUAUCGGGACUAGGAGGAUUGAUGCUAGGUCUGGUAGUAUUCGUAAUCCUGAUUUUGCUUCUCCUAAUAUUCUCCGUGGCUUACCGCCAAAGUCACGCUCUCGCUCCCGUUCUCCUCCUCAAAAUGUUGGAAGAGGUUCUGGCAGUAGGAGCGGUACUAAUCCUUCUCCUCUCUCUACCUCUCCCAAUGAGGGCCGCAUGGGAGUGCUGGACUACCCAAGCCGCCCGACCAACAAGUCCCCAAGUCCUGGCAGCCAUUCCUCUGGUGGAGGGGAACCUGUUCUUGAAGACCUCCAGUCCGUGAGGGAGAGACUAAGGAGGCAGGCACAGGAUUCAGUGGAUUACGAGUGUGGACUAACCAAUAAACAUCCUACUACCAUCCAGCACCAAACCAGUGGUCACGUACCAAGCGCUCAACAUGUUCCAAAUAAUGCCCAUCACACUAGGAGCAACAUGUCGUCUGUCUCCUCGUCUAGAAAUGAACUGACAAUGUCGGGUGGGCCCAUUUCUUCCACUCCUCAGUCCUCUUAUAGUCAAAGUGGAGGAGGCGCUAGUUUUAGUACUUAUGAUCAUCUUGAUGUCGUUAUGGGUGGGGCCAAUGAUGACCUGGAGGUUGCUGGUAUAUACAGCUAUGCUGAAGAGCCACCAGUUGUAUUUGAAAGGGAGACAUCAAUAUCACCUACUAAACAAAUGUCACCUCCUAAACCUCGUCCAUAUUCACCGAGAAAGUCCCCAACGCCUCCGGACACUGCUCCUGCUCCUCCAGUCCCAAGGAAGAAAUCAUUCAAGACCCCCGACUACACGAUGACCCCUAUCAGUAAAAGUAAGGAGUGUGGGGCCGGGUCAGCUGGUCUGCCCUCUAUACCUCCUAAGGCUCCUGUUCCAAGACCAAGGAGCCAAACAAUGGCUGCUGACAGAAAGUCUCAGAACUAUUCAGCAGCUGGGGUACCUGUACCAAAUCCUAUGCCACCGAACCCAACUCCUCGUAAACCAUCUUAUCCGAUCCCAUCUGCUGAUACGGAUUUGACUUCUUCUUCAUCUUUUCCCUCCUCCUCCUCUUCUGGUCUCUUCUCUCCUCCUCCAAGACCGCCCAAGCCUACAAAUAAAGAUGGUGCCAGUGAUCCAGCCCUUCCUCCUGCUUUGCCUCCUAAAAUGAAACAGGAGGCACCUGCCUUGCCUCCUAAACCUUCGAAAAACUAUCCUAUAGUGACCCCAAGAACAAAACCACCUCCUCCUACACCGAAAUAAGGAUAAGAGUUGUUUGAAUGAACUGUUUCUUUCUAGCACACAUUUUCUCCAUGUCUUUGCUUUUUUCUCUUUCUCUCUCUCUUGCUCUGUAUUUUCUUUCUAUUAUAAUAAAUGAAUAACGAAUGUUUAUUAUGAUUUUAUGUUUAAAUUUUUCCUUUUUCGUGAGUCUGUCUGUAUUACUGUAUUGCUUUAGGUAUUAUAAUAAUUAUUAUUUUUAACUAUUACACAGCAAAAA